AUGACACAGGUCCAUACCCUUGAGGAAUACCUCCGUACUCUUGAGGUGUCUACUGCUGAUACGCCUGCGGAUCGCCCGAGACCCAAUGCGGCCCGCCCUGCCCCACACAAUCAAUCAGGCACCGCAAAAUCCGCCACUGUGACAUCCACUACUGAGCAUGUUUCUACCUCCACCCGGAACCUAGUGUCCCCACGACCGGCCUGCUUCUCGGCCUAUGCUCGGCAGGAUCUCCACCCUUCGAUUAAGACUGGCAGGACAGUCAAAGUCCCUGACCCGCCCAUGCUAGAUGAUGGAAAGAAACCGACUUUUAAAGAGUGGGUUACAAAGAUGCGUGACAAACUCUUGCUUGAAGCUGCCCGAUUCCCUUCGGAUGAACAUCAGAUCGCCUAUGUCUCAAGCCGCGUGAAGGGUGAUGCCGCUCGUCAUGUGACGAGCCAAAGAUAUCACAAAUCUCUUUCUCCCUAUGACAGUGUCGAAGACAUAUUUACGCACUUGAGCUCGAUCUUUGAGAACCCAAACCGUGAGCGUGAGGCCCGGCGCCAGUAUAAAAACCUGGCAAUGGGAGAGGAUCAGUCUUUCCAGGCAUUCAUUUCCGAGUUCCGUCUCCUCGCUUCUGAAGGGAAUAUCUCCAAAGCGAGCUUGAAGAAUGACUUCUGGGACCGAGUCACUGAACCUCUCCGUAUGGCCACCCUGCACCUCCUUACCGACUCUAAGGUCACCUUUGACGACCUUGCAGCCACUAUGGCGCUUUAUAACAGUGAUAUGAAUCACAACCUUACCAUUUAA